UUCAAUUUAACCGAUGGUGAACUCAAAGGUAACGUCAGUGAAGAUGCUCAGAUUGCACAUCGUCUCAUCUGUAGUACUGGCCACAAGUAUCGAUGUGAAGGAAGGGUUGGUAAGGUACGAUUGGUUGACGGCACGCAAACGAUCAACUAUGAUGGUUUCUACAACUAUUUGACAGCGUGGUACAACCAGGAUAAUAUGAUGUAUUACGUGUCACAAGCAUCUUUCUAUCCGACUCCACCCAGGUGGUCGAUUACCGACAAGAAAGCGCCGCUGCUGGUCCCGCCAGCUGAACCAUUGGCUUAUUCGCAGAUACCUUUCUACUUGACUGGUUUGACAGAUACACCUGUUAUCAUCGAUAUGAUCAAGGAGAUUAGAGCCACUUGUGAUCGCUUCGUCGAAGAAGGUCUUCCCAACUUCCCUCAAGGCAUCGCGUUCACAUUCUGGGAGCAGUAUCUUCAUCUGAACGGCAAUCUUUUGACGGCCAUUGGUAUCAUAGCAUUUGCUGUGUUCGUCGUCAUUUCGAUACUGUUGUUCAAUCCAUGGGCAGCGUUCAAUAUUCUGGUGAUUCUUAUCGUGAUGACAGUCGAGCUGGCUGGUUUUAUGGGUUGGGCUGGAGUGAAGAUGAAUCCUGUAUCUGCAGUGACUUUGAUCACAGCUGUUGGAAUUGGCGUGGAAUUCACUGCUCACGUUGUUUUAUCCUAUCUGACGUCGCUUGGAACUAGGUCCGAACGUACAUCAAGUGCUGUUGAUCGCGUUUUCGUACCUGUCAUCCAUGGUGCAUUGUCGACAUUACUGGGAAUCCUAAUGCUUGGAUUCUCUGAAUUCGAAUUUGUCGUCAAAUAUUUCUUUGUGGUCAUGUCGGCGUUGAUAGUAAUAGGAAUUAUCAAUGGCUUGAUACUGCUGCCAGUAUUGCUGUCACUAGUGGGAGCACCUCAAGAGAUAUUUUCUAUGGAUGGCAAAGCACGGCUGAAUUUACCACCACCAAUUCGUCGUCGUGAGAACGAAAUCGAGGAGGACGACGAAGGCCUGAUGAUGGUGUCACGAGGUGGUCGAGUGUUCCAUAACAUUUCGAUCUAG